CCGCCUCUGCCUCUCAGAGGACAUGGGAGACAGAAAGACAGCAAUCUGUAAGAAAGUAGGAAACGCCGCUUGGAUGUUUGUAGUUAAGCUGAUACACACGGCUUACUUUCACUCUUAAAGAAUCACAAAGGAAUUAUCUACAGCUACAGGUUGUCUCGUGCGCGCCGUGUGGUGGAAAAUGCAUUUGGAAUCUUGUCUCAAAGAGCCCACUGGACUAAAACAUAUUCUGACUUGGAGAUUCACAGCAAGACAGCAGUGCUGGGAGUUUUUUUGGAGACGUGGUCCCUUUCCUCAGUUCUUGCCCUGUCAGCUGACUGGUGAAUCCUCCUGCAGGCAUUCUCUUGAACACAUGUUCUGAUAUAGUGUGUGGUGUACCCUCCUUCCUCCCUUUAAUGGUUGUGACCCAACUCCGGACAGCUUUGCUGCAGGGUCCUUCCUGAGCAGCAGCAGCAGCUGCGUCCUGCUUGCUCGCUUCCUCCCUCCCCUGUUUCCUGUCCUUGGUGAGACGAGUCUGACAUCUCCUCUCCACAACCCCACCCCUGCAUCACUUCUGGCUCCUUACACCUCUCACACACACACGUGUCUUUACACACUGGAGUAGUUUGUGUUUUUAAUUAUUUAUUUUUUUAGAACACUAACAAUAGGGGGAGAUCAGCAAGCAGAGGACACGUUGUACUCCACCAGUUUGUGUCUCUGCAAUUGGCAAGCCACAACAGCAUUUCUUUGUCACUUUUAACACUACAGCCUUCAGCAUGACAUCCAUGUCCAGUCUCUUCUCUUUCACAAGCCCAGCAGUCAAACGCUUACUCGGCUGGAAGCAAGGAGAUGAGGAGGAGAAAUGGGCGGAGAAGGCAGUAGAUGCACUUGUGAAAAAGCUGAAGAAGAAGAAAGGUGCAAUGGAGGACCUGGAGAAGGCCCUUAGCUGCCCUGGGCAGCCUAGCAAGUGUGUUACCAUUCCAAGAUCACUCGAUGGACGGCUGCAGGUUUCCCAUAGGAAAGGUCUGCCUCAUGUAAUCUAUUGCCGUGUUUGGCGCUGGCCAGAUCUCCAGUCCCACCAUGAGCUCAAGCCCCUGGAGGUGUGUGAGUACCCAUUUGGCUCAAAACAGAAGGAAGUCUGCAUCAACCCAUAUCACUACAAGCGGGUGGAGAGUCCAGUGCUCCCUCCUGUCUUGGUACCACGACACAGCGAAUUCAACCCACAGCACAGCUUGCUGGUACAGUUUCGCAACCUCACUCACAAUGAGCCACACAUGCCCCUGAACGCUACCUUCCCAGAGUCGUUCCAGCAGCCACACAGUGGGGGUGGCAACAGCAACAACAGUGGUGGAGGCGGCUCUUUUCCAAUCUCACCCAACUCUCCAUACCCACCAUCCCCAGCUAGCAGUGGUACUUAUCCCAAUUCUCCUGCCAGCUCUGGACCUUCCAGUCCAUUCCAGCUUCCAGCCGACACUCCACCUCCAGCUUACAUGCCUCCUGAUGAGCAGCUGGGCCAGGACAGCCAGUCAAUGGACACAAGCAGCAGCCUGGUGCCGCAAAACAUGGCCAGAGGAGAUGUGCAGCCAGUGGAGUAUGAAGAGCCAAGCCACUGGUGCUCGAUCGUCUACUAUGAGCUCAACAAUCGUGUUGGCGAGGCCUAUCACGCCUCUUCAACUAGUGUACUUGUGGAUGGCUUCACUGACCCUUCAAACAACAAGAACCGUUUCUGCCUCGGACUGCUAUCUAACGUCAACCGCAACUCCACAAUCGAGAACACCCGUCGACACAUUGGCAAAGGAGUGCACCUGUACUAUGUGGGAGGGGAGGUGUAUGCAGAGUGCCUGAGUGACACCAGCAUCUUUGUCCAGAGCCGUAACUGUAAUUAUCACCACGGCUUCCACCCCACCACCGUCUGCAAGAUCCCCAGUGGUUGCAGCCUUAAAAUUUUCAAUAAUCAGGAGUUUGCUCAACUUCUGGCACAAUCUGUCAACCACGGCUUUGAGGCAGUCUAUGAGCUCACCAAGAUGUGUACGAUCAGGAUGAGCUUUGUCAAGGGCUGGGGGGCUGAGUACCACAGACAAGAUGUCACUAGUACCCCUUGCUGGAUUGAGGUGCACCUCCACGGGCCCCUCCAGUGGCUGGACAAGGUGCUAACACAGAUGGGUUCCCCUCUCAAUCCUAUCUCCUCGGUGUCCUAAUGAUGGAUGAUUGGCCAAUUGUUUUUUUUGUUUGUUUUUUGUUUUUUACUUUUUUAAAAUUUACUUUUAAGUGGAAGUUUUUAAGUCCUCCCACCCCCAAUGUUUUUUUUUUAUAUAUAAUUUAAGGAGGCCUAAUGGCUGAACUGUUUACACUUGCUGUGGGGAGCGAUAUUGAACCCUGCAACAACAAUAGCCUGAAUUAAUUUGUUAUUGAAACAGAAUGAUGUUACACAUAAAUAUGUGGCGUGAGAGAAACACCCAAGUAUUGGUAAUGACAGAGUCCUCGGUGCUGCAUCGGCUCGACGUGAUGGCUCCGUCAUGUUUGAAACGCAGCUCCUACGUUUUACAUCUUUUUCACAUUUUUGUUUCUCUAUGUCAUUCUUUUAUGAAACAAAUGUUUCACUGCUCUGCCUCAUAUCUGUUCAACUAAUUGGAAAUUUACUGAACACUUCUUCUUAGAAUGUUGUCUUAGGGCCCAUGUCCAUAUAUCCCCCCCACCCACCCUGUGGCAAAAAAAAGUGCUGAGAAGAACCUUCUAUCUCAGUGCUUUCUAUAACAAUAUCAAAUAAAAUCUGCUACUCAA